AUGGCUACUGAUAUCACACAGACGGAAGCCGAAACACGGGACAACUUUCACCAGAUGAUGCGAAAUACUUUCCGAUCAUGUGCCGUCGCUACCGAGCCUCCUUAUCAAAUUGUCGGCGACAGUGUCAGAGACCCCACAUGCAACUGCUUCGGAUGGGCUGUUUGGAAUUCAGACUGGGAAGACCCCACUGACACUUACACCCUCCUUGACAAGCGCAAGUUUUACGAGCUUCCAUUGAAUACCCCUCGCCAAGUCGGCGACGUUGAGGUGUACCGAGCACCGCACUACUCUGGACCGACGCAUGCUCACAAGAUCCUGGACCCGGCCAACAAUGUAUGCGCCUCCAAGCAGGAAGACUGGGCAGCCAUCACACAUGACGGCGCGCUUCUCACUUCCCAUUUCCCUGGUGACAACCGCAGAUUCAAGUAUGGCGAUAUUGCCAAACUGACCCGAACUUCCCGAUCCAAUCGCAAGAUUAGAAAAAUGGAUACCGAGAAGACCAAGUCGGGCAAGACACAAGAAAAGAAGAGGCCGGCCGGCGCACUGAAGAAGGAUAGCGGUACCAAGAGGACCAAGGCAGCACCCGCAACUGCUAAACAAGGCACGAAGGGCGCCGCCCCUGUCAAGGGUGCGACUCCCGGAAAGACUGCUACCCCUGGUCAAACUGCUACGCCCGGCAAGACUCCUACUCCCGGCAAGACUCCUACUCCUACUCCCGGCAAGACUCCUACUCCUACUCCCGGCAAGACUUCUACUCCUACUCCCGGCAAAACUCCUACUCUUACUCCCGGCAAGACUCCUACUCCCGGCAAGACUGCCACUCCUACUCCCGGCAAGACUUCCACUCCCAACAAGACCACUUUGCCAUCCAAACCGGCUGCGAGAAAGUAA